AUGGUGGCAGCGGUCGCUGCAGAUUUGAGAGAUCCGGCAGCGCAACAAAUUAUUACAUUUAAACAGAGAAACAAGAGUCCUAUUGGUAUAAUAACAACAAGUGCAGGAGCACCCGUUGAACACAGUGAGGCAUUAAACACUUUAAAUACAAGACUUAUAUUCAAUGAAUACUUCAUGGACACUAUGACUCAUCUUGUUCGUGAAAGAAUACCGGAACGAUUAGUUCAUGCAAAGGCCGGUGGGGCUUUUGGUUAUUUCGAAGUAACACAUGACAUAACACAUAUCUGCAAAGCUAAAUUAUUUAGUAAAAUAGGCAAGAAAACACCCGCAGCUGCAAGAUUUUCACCUGUAGUUGUCGAAAGAGGCGGUAGUGAUACAUCACGCGAUGCUAGAGGUUUUGCUGUGAAGUUUUAUACGGAAGAUGGAAACUUCGAUAUAGUCGGUUUCAACACACCUAUGUAUGUAUACAACGACCCUCGUUUAUUUUCUACAUUCGUUCGCGCACAAAAGAAAAAUCCAGCGACCAAUCUUUUUGAUGCCAACACCUUGUGGGACUUCCUUACUUUGCAACCCGAAAGCCUACACAUGUUUUUGUUAGUUUUCGGAGAUCGUGGUAUACCCGAUGGUUAUCGUCAUAUGCCUGGUUUUGGAAUUCAUACUUAUCAAGUUGAAAAUGAACAUGGUGACAUCCAUUUCGUAAGAUUUCACUUUGUGCCUGAUGCUGGUAUCAAAAAUUUAAGAGCCGUAGAUGCUCAGAAAAUAGGAGCAGAAGACCCUGAUUAUAAUACGAGAGAUUUGUAUAAAGCUAUAGGCAAUGGUGAUUUUCCAAGUUGGACAGUAAGUGUUCAAGUGCUAACUAUCGAAGAUAUUAAAAAAUCUGACUUUAACGUAUUUGAUGUCACAAACGUAAUUCCUUUAGAUGAAUAUCCUUUACACCCCGUUGGUAAAUUUGUCCUGAAUAAAAAUGCGGUGAAUUACUUCGCAGAAAUAGAGCAAUUAGCGUUUAGUCCAGCAAAUCUAGUUCCUGGUAUACUUGGAGGACCAGACAAAGUUUUUGAAGCAAGACGUUUAGCGUAUCGGGAUGCCCAGUAUUACCGAUUAGGUGCCAAUUUCAACAGGAUACCCGUAAACUGUCCUUUCAGAACAAAAACUUUUGUAUACAAUAGAGAUGGUCGCCCUCCAGUUAAAGAUAACGAGAAAGAUAUUCCCAACUAUUUUCCUAACUCAUUUAAUGGUCCUGUUCCUUAUAUUGAUAAGAAAAGAACAGAAUUGAUUGAAAUUACAGAAAAUGAACCAGAUAAUUUUAAACAAGCAACUGAAUUGUAUGUUAAUGAGAUGACGAGUGAGGAACGAACUAGGUUGGUUGAAAAUGUUUUGUACAGUCUGGCACCAGCGACGGCACGUCUUAAAGAAAGAGCAGUAAAAUUAUUCUCAAUAAUUCAUCCAGAUUUGGGUUUCCGAAUAGAGCAGGGACUACAAGCGAAUACAACAAAAAGUGAUGUAUACAAUGAAUGGAAUAAUUGGAGUUAG